CGGUAGCUCAUAACAUACCAGCAAUGGAAGUCAGUACAACUGUUUGUCCCCUCUGUUCAUAUGAAGUUAUCUUUCGUUCCAAUUCCUGAUCAAUAUCAAUACCAUUUGACGUCAUCCACAACCGAUCUCCAAUCAGAACCUGGUAUGUAUGGUCUAGGUCCACCAGGGGUUGGUUGGUUGGAGAGCCAGUAACUGGUAGUCUCACGCACUGAAGGAGUGCUGUUUUUAUCUACU